GGCACUUGGAAACAGUUAAGAAGAGAGAAACAGAUCUGCCAGGAGGGAGUGUGGCACUGGAGCCGGCGAUUUGUUUUCAUGCCUCCCUACGCGGCGAUGCAGAAGACCCUCCUAGAAUGGGCACCGAGGUAUGGCCUCGCAUGUGCAAGUUUUCUCUCCUCACACCCUUCAGUCAAGUGCCUUCUGUAGCGUGAAGAAACUGAAAGUGGAGCCGAGUUCAAACUGGGAUAUGACUGGGUACGGCACACACAGCAAAGUCUACAGCCAGAGCAAGAACGUGCAGUCCUCCCAAGCAGCCGCCGCAGCAGCCGUCAACGCUUCCCUCCAGAUCCCCAAUCCAAGCAUCCCUUACGAACAGACCAUCAUCUUCCCAGCAAGCACGGGGCACAUCGUGGUGACGUCCGCCAACAGCACUUCUGGUGUGGUUGCAGUGUCUGGGCAAACACUGGGCGGGCCACACAACCUGAUGCGUCGCAGCACUGUGAGCCUUCUGGACACCUACCAAAAAUGUGGACUUAAGCGGAAGAGUGAGGAGAUAGAGAACACAAGCAGCGUGCAGAUCAUCGAAGAGCACCCACCAAUGAUUCAGAACAAUGCCAGUGGGGCCACCGUAGCCACCGCCACCACCUCCACGGCCACCUCCAAAAACAGUGGCUCCAACAGCGAAGGGGAUUACCAGCUGGUGCAACAUGAGGUGCUCUGUUCCAUGACCAACACGUACGAAGUGUUAGAGUUUCUUGGCCGGGGGACCUUCGGACAAGUAGUGAAAUGCUGGAAACGUGGCACUAACGAGAUUGUGGCCAUCAAGAUCCUAAAGAACCAUCCUUCCUAUGCCCGGCAAGGCCAGAUUGAAGUGAGCAUCCUGGCUCGGCUGAGCACAGAAAGUGCGGAUGACUACAACUUUGUCCGCGCGUACGAGUGCUUCCAGCACAAGAAUCACACGUGCUUGGUCUUUGAAAUGUUGGAGCAGAACCUCUAUGAUUUCCUAAAACAAAACAAAUUCAGUCCUUUGCCCCUUAAGUACAUUCGACCAAUUCUCCAGCAGGUAGCAACUGCCCUAAUGAAGUUGAAAAGCCUGGGACUGAUUCAUGCUGACCUCAAACCAGAGAACAUCAUGUUGGUAGACCCAUCCCGACAGCCAUAUAGGGUCAAGGUCAUAGACUUCGGUUCAGCUAGCCAUGUGUCUAAAGCUGUGUGUUCUACCUACCUUCAAUCCAGAUAUUACAGAGCCCCUGAAAUCAUCCUUGGUUUACCAUUUUGUGAAGCAAUCGAUAUGUGGUCAUUGGGAUGUGUCAUUGCAGAGCUGUUCUUGGGAUGGCCUUUGUACCCAGGAGCUUCAGAGUACGAUCAGAUUCGCUAUAUCUCACAGACCCAGGGCUUACCAGCAGAGUAUUUGUUAAGUGCAGGGACAAAGACUACAAGGUUUUUCAACAGGGAUACAGACUCACCGUAUCCUUUGUGGAGGCUAAAGACACCAGAUGAUCAUGAGGCAGAGACGGGGAUUAAGUCGAAGGAAGCAAGGAAGUAUAUUUUCAACUGUUUGGAUGAUAUGGCACAGGUAAGAGCAUUGGUGAAUAUGACAACAGAUUUGGAAGGAAGUGAUAUGUUGGUGGAAAAGGCGGACCGACGGGAGUUUAUAGAUCUGUUAAAGAAGAUGUUGACGAUAGAUGCUGAUAAGAGAAUAACACCGAUUGAAACUCUGAACCAUCCUUUUGUCACCAUGACACACUUGCUUGAUUUCCCUCACAGCACACAUGUCAAGUCCUGCUUCCAGAAUAUGGAGAUCUGCAAGCGGCGGGUGAAUAUGUAUGACACCGUGAACCAGAGCAAGACGCCCUUCAUCACCCACGUAGCCCCGAGCACAUCCACCAAUUUGACCAUGACUUUUAACAACCAGCUGAACACAGUGCACAACCAGACCACCAACCUGGCUCCCACCUCCUCCAGUGCCACUAUUUCCUUAGCCAACCCCGAAGUCUCCAUACUAAAUUACCAAUCUGCACUCUACCAGCCCUCAGCGGCGUCCAUGGCUGCGGUGGCCCAGCGGAGCAUGCCCCUGCAGACAGGAACAGCGCAGAUCUGUGCCCGGCCCGACCCCUUCCAGCAAGCUCUCAUCGUCUGCCCACCAGGCUUCCAAGGGUUACAAGCCUCCCCUUCGAAGCAUGCUGGGUAUUCAGUUCGGAUGGAGAACGCCGUUCCCAUUGUCACUCAGGCUCCUGGGGCCCAGCCUCUGCAGAUCCAGCCAGGACUUCUCGCACAGCAAGCAUGGCCCAGCGGCACGCAGCAGAUCCUGCUCCCCCCCGCCUGGCAGCAGCUGACCGGGGUGGCCACCCACACUUCUGUCCAGCACGCGACCGUCAUCCCGGAGUCCAUGGCAGGCACCCAGCCGCUGGCAGACUGGAGAAACACCCACGCUCACGGCAGCCAUUAUAACCCCAUCAUGCAGCAGCCCGCGCUGUUAGCUAGCCAUGUGACUCUCCCCGCAGCCCAGCCCGUCAACGUGGGUGUCGCUCACGUCAUGCGCCAGCCGCCCGCCGCCACCACCUCCACCAGGAAGAGUAAGCAGCACCAGUCGGCACCACGAAAUGCAUCCACCUACGAAGUUUCAUCCUCUCAGUCCAUCAGCUCGCCUCAGCGGUCGAAACGAGUGAAGGAAAACACGCCUCCUCGCUGUGCCAUGGUGCACAACAGCCCUGCCUGCAGCACCUCCGUCACCUGCGGCUGGGGCGACGUGGCCACCAGCACCACGCGGGAGCGGCAGCGGCAGACGAUAAUCAUUCCCGACACCCCUAGCCCCGCAGUGAGUGUCAUCACUAUCAGCAGCGACACCGAUGAAGAGGAGGAGCAGAAGCAUGCACCCACCAGCACCUUGUCCAAGCAGAGGAAGAACGUCAUCAGCUGCGUCACCGUGCAUGAUUCCCCCUACUCGGAUUCGUCCAGCAACAACAGUCCUUACGCCGUGCAGCAUCGCGCAGGGCAGAAUAACGGGAACACCUACGACACCAAAGGGGUUCCAGAGACUCACUGCAGUGGGAACCCCCGAACAAUCAUCGUGCCACCACUGAAAACCCAGGCCAGUGAGGUGUUGGUAGAGUGCGAUAGCCUGGCACCAGUCACCACCAGUCACCACUCAUCCUCCUACAAGUCCAAGUCCUCCAGCACCGUGACCUCCACCAGCGGUCACUCUUCAGGGAGCUCGUCUGGAGCCGUUGCCUAUAGGCAGCAGCGACCAGGAGCACAUUUCCAGCAGCAGCAGCCUCUUAAUCUAAGUCAGGCCCAGCAGCACAUCACGACCGAUCGCACAGGGAGUCACCGGAGACAGCAAGCCUACAUCACUCCAACGAUAGCUCAGGCCCCGUACUCUUUCCCGCACAAUAGUCCCAGCCAUGGUACAGUUCAUCCUCACUUGGCCGCGGCUGCCGCUGCUCACCUGCCCACCCAACCCCACCUCUACACAUACACCGCCCCAGCCGCCCUGGGCUCCACGGGCACCGUCGCGCACCUGGUGGCCUCCCAAGGGUCUGCGCGGCACGCCGUGCAGCACACCACCUACCCCGCCAGCAUCGUCCACCAGGUCCCUGUCAGCAUGGGCCCGCGGGUUCUGCCCUCGCCCACCAUCCACCCGAGUCAGUACCAGGCUCAGUUUGCCCAUCAGACCUAUAUCAGUGCUUCUCCAGCCUCCACAGUCUACACUGGAUACCCACUGAGCCCCACCAAGGUCAACCAGUACCCUUACAUCUAAACACUGGAAUAAGGAGCGAGAGACACGCCCGCCACGGGGGAGUGAGGCGGCUGCUUUUGUACUGAAGAACAUGACAAACUAACAAUGCAAUGGGAGGCUCACGUGAAACUUGAACGAAGGAGACUUUCAGGAAGAAACGAGAAAGAGAAAAGAAGGGGGAGAACCAAUUCUACAAUUUUUAUUUAAAAAAAUAAAGAAAAUGGAAAAAAAGAACAGAAAAAAAA